GACUUUGAAAAUGUGAAUUUCAAUCGAUUUAUGUAGACUCGUAGUAGUGCUGCUACAAAACUCUGAAUAAGAUCCUUUCCUUUUUGUGUGUUUCCUGCAAAAAAUCUGAUAGAAACUCUCAUCACACCAUCAUAUCUCAGUAAUGGCUUAAAAUACAUCACCCUUCUUUCUGGACUACGCAGUCGGGUAAAACCUCAAAAUGUACGAAAGCCUACUAGACUAUGUCUGCGACUACUGCUCAAGAACAUUCACAAGGAAAUACAACUUGCAAACACAUAUUGAAAACUGCCAUAUCAACGCAGAAUGUAACUGCAGUGUUUGUGGACAAACAUUCAACAGUCCGGCCGGCUUGCAAUCUCAUUUGACCAAAGGGCAUAAUAGCUAUGGAGAAUGUUACCCAGAAUGCGACCUCUGUGGUCGGAUCUUCGCCAGAAAACAAAACAUAACCUCCCAUAUGAUAGCGGUCCACCUAAAAACGAUUGACUUUACGAAACGGUGCAGAAUAUGUCAGAAGGAUUUCUCUUCAGCGCGCAGUUUGAAACGCCAUAUGAACUUGUUACACAAUCCCAAUAUUGAAUACCCGACUUGCAGUGAAUGUAAUAAGAUUUUUAAGGGGAAACAUGCCUUGAUAGCUCACAUACAAUCUGUCCACACAGCUACCGACAAGGAUUUGAUAAAAUGCAACCUGUGUGACAGAGUGUAUACUAAUAACAGCAACCUGAAACGCCAUGUUGAAAUGUUUCACGGUGAGAAAGGAGAGUAUAGAUGCGAUAUCUGCCCAAAAGUUUACACUUCAAAUCAAAGUUUAAGACGACAUGCUCGCACCAGACACAGUACUGACGAUCAGGAGCAAUUGACCUGCAAUUUCUGCUACAAAGUCAUAAUAGGCAGGGAGAAUUUUGAAAGUCAUAUUCAGUAUAACCACCGAGAGCCAUCGGAGACGGAAAUUGAAACAAAGAACUCCUUGUACUGCGAUUAUUGUGAAAGAAGUUUCGAAGACGAAAGAGAGUUAAGAAGCCAUGUUAAAAACGAUCAUUCAUUCAAUUCAUUUUACAAGUAUUGCCGAAAAUCCUUGCUCAAGCAAUACGGCUCCGAUUUCUCUCAAACUUACAACUGUGAAUUCUGCGGCAAUCCUUUCCCGACAGUUUACGAGUUAAAAGACCAUAUGAGGGCCAAUCAUGAUACAGAAUACUCUCUGUCAACUUGCAACGUCUGCUUCGACAAGUUUUACAGCAAGGAGGCGGUAUUAGCACACAAGGAGGUUUGCAAACCGCCGGCAAACGUCAACUCUUGCAGCCAUUGCGAUAAACUGUUCACAGACAAAUCAAGCUUGGAGUUUCACACUCGGAUCUUUCACCCGCAAGCACAGAUCGCCGAUUCUAAUAUAACAUCAACUAACAUAGACGAUGAAAUGGCUUACAAAUGCGAGCAUUGUGACCGAGUUUACUACAGCGACAGGUCUUUAAAACAUCACGUCAAAUUAAAACACACAACGGAUGAGGCUGUCGAAUGCGAAUUUUGCGGGAAAAUUUGUAGCAACAAAUACUAUUUGGCAUCCCAUAUCAAAAUAGUCCAUAACAACGAUUCCUGGUCUCGAUGCGAGUACUGUGACAAGCAGUUUAAAUCGAAGAGAAAUAUUCGGCGACACAUCGAGUACACACAUUUGGGCAUGCAAAGGCACAAGUGUAUUGAAUGUGAGACUUUGUUUAAAGAGAAAAGAAGUCUUAGAAAACACGUCAGGACGAAACAUCCCGAUUCGACCGCCUUCCCCCAAUGCCAUAUAUGUCACAAGCGUUUCGAAUCCGCGAAGUCUUGUAAAAUUCACUUAAAACUUCUACAUUCUUUCAACAUGAACACACAUCCUUGUCACCUCUGUUCGGUAUCCUUCAGCUCAAAUGAAGCUUUGACUAUUCAUCUUGAGACAAAACAUCUCGCUGAAGACGAGAUUUACAAAUGCGAGAAAUGCAAUAUCGUUUUUCAGGGGCAAGAGAAGUUUGACAGUCAUAACGAAGUGUGUCACGCGAGUUUGGUGCCAAGUGCUAAGGAGAAAGUGUUGCCGCGUUGUAUACUUUGCAUGAAAGAUUUUAGUACGAGGAAAACUUUAAAACGGCAUAUUAAGAAGUUUCAUUCAGAUUUUGACGGGGAUGAAUUAGCGACGUUUGGGUCUCGGCGGAGGAAUUUCAUUGUGGACUGCGAUGAUUGUAUCAAAAAUUUUAGUGAUGAGUUCUAUAUUAAUAUUUAUCAGAAAUUAAAGCAUAUUAGGGAUUCGAUUAUAUUUAAGUGCGAUAGUUGUCUUGCUUCGUAUAAUUCUUUGGAGUUUGCCAUUCAGAGGUAUAAGGCGGCGAAUGGGGAUACUUUUAAGAGUAAAAUGAUUCUAAGUGAACUGUGUACGACGGAAAUGAGUGAGGAGGAAGCGGAUUUCUCCGGUUUCGGAGCGUUACACGACAUGCUACCGGAAAGUACAACGAAUGAGAUAAAAUUGGAGUUGUUCGAGGAACCUAUGGAUUUUGAAAUUAAGAUGGAACCGCCGUCGCCAUAACUUGUCUUACUGCAGGCCUGUCAUACAGAGCAUUGAUUACGCUUGUGUGCUGCCCCACGGUGGGGCGCCAUUACCGAAGCUGUUAAUAACACCAGCCUGUAACUGUCUCACUGCAGGCCUCUCAUACAGAGAACGAGCAUUGUAAUUUUAGAAAUAAACCCAGGUUCCUUCAAAUAAUGACGAUAAAAAUUAGAAAAGCAUAUUCCUGUCUCGUUUACUCUUGUGUAAUCUUAUGAGAAAAGAGCGAGAUAAAAGUAUAGUGUGUUUAAUAGUUAGUAAAUAAUAAUAAUACCAGCUAAUAACUGCCCCAAUGCUAAGAAACCCUUGCUACGCUUCACUGGUUCCGUAUAAUUGUUAUAUUAAGUUUGACUGAUACUGCUUACUUGAUAAUUAAGUUUGAUGAUUAUUUGAUUAAAAAAAACUAAUUAGCCCGUCAGAUGGAUGUCCCAAAAAUAUCGGCUUAGUAAACAAAAAAUGAAGAUCAUACAGUCAAUUAAAAUCUCUUGUGACGACACUUGUCAGUACACUUAUAGACAAGUGACGUUAACCUCUACUACCCAACGAUUCAUUAUCUUUAUUGUUUACUAAUAUUAUAAAUGCGAAAGUAAGUCUGUCUGUCUGUUACGCUUUCACGUCUAA